AUGCCAGUGAACGAAGUGAGCACUACUCUGAAGGACAUAAGCCGAAGCGCUAUGAGCGUCCUGAUGGCAUCCGGCGAAGCAUACGAACUAACUGGCGCCACUAACGCUCUGCUUAGCCUUCUGGCUGCUGUCGAAACCCGUUGGCAACUGUUCGAGGAGAACGGAGAAAGCAAACUAACAGAGAACCCUUACCAAGAUAUCAAUGUUCAAGCGUUAUUGGAGUUAGCUAGGUUAGUCUCCUUUACAAUAUCCUCAUUUCUCUCCGUGUGCAUCUCGGUUUGA